GCGGUUGUUUUUCUCUUUUGCGCGACACUCACACGCAAUCCAUUGGCAUUUUGUAAACAACAUCGCGCUCGCGUUUCGUUCGUCGUGUUUAUUUUUGUGCAAAUUUUGGUAGGAAAAUUGGUGAAAAUCGCCGGAAAACGCCGAUAAUGUGAAACACGAUUGGUCGGUGAUUGUGCGGAGCGUAAAAUUGUCGUUGUUGCGGCUGGGACGAAGGAGGAAACUGCGAUGGAGAUUAUCCCCAACUCGUACAUUGCUCGCGUCGUUUUGGCGUAUCUGUACGAGGAAAAGCUAAACCAAACGGCUAAUGAGUUUUGCAAGGCAAGCCCGUAUCUGCGAGAAGAACGUGAAUUCGUCAAAAAGGGCUUUCGACCGGCGACAUGCAUAAGCUUGAAGCUGACGGCACUGUUUCGCGAGUAUGGCGAGAUUCAGCAAAAAGUGGACCAAUUCGUGGAAAGGCACGGUGUGGAGUUGGACAUCCAGCCGGAUCUGCCGCUGGUUAAAAAGGUGGAUCGCGUUCUGACGCUCGUGAAGCAACUGCGUCACGGUAGGAAAUCUCUCGAUGACGGGGCCAAAAAGGAGUUCCGAAAGUCGGCAGUGGGCGCCGCCAAGCGGAAGCGAGGUGCCCCAUCGCCACAUCCGUCGCUUUCGAGCAGCACACCGGAAGUGGGCGAGCCGCAGCAGAAGCGAGUGUGCCUUAAUGCGGCGCCUGCGUUCAUCGUGUUGAAUGAUAGCGGCAGGAAUCUGUCCAAUUUGUCGCAUAUAUCGCCGAUCGAGGAUAGGGGAGACGAUAGUACGCAGGAAUCCGGUCGGGAGGAUGACGGGGAGGAGGAGGACGGACAGGACAAGGGAGAGGCAGAAGAGGAUCCGCUGGACGUGAGGAAGUUUCCUUCGAUUGAUUUGUUUUCCCAGACGCUUUUGGAGAAUGAGAACUAUCCGGAGAAGAUUGCAGAUUUGAUUAACAAGGGACUGGAAUCGUCUAUGAGUACCCAAACGGAUCCUAAGGAAGGUACAAGUGUCGUUAGAGAAGAGCCACCGGUUAAGGAGGUGGUGGUGGUGGAGAGCGAACCCAAGACUCAAGAAUGUCAAUCGUUCAAUUUCAAUUUUGACGAGUUGAUCUCGAAUAUUGUGAACAGUGCUGUGAAAGAUCCGGUCUUCGAUGAUAUUCUGGACGAUAUCAGCAGUAAGGCAGUCAAGACGCAGAACGGAAACGAAGAGGAUGAAACGACGACGACUCCUCCACCGGAGACGCCGUUGAAAGAUAGACUUCGGAAAACCUGCAGAAAGAACUACAACCCAGCUUCAGCGAAGCGAUCUACUAAAAAGGUGAAGGUCAUUUCGGAUGUUCCGUACUAUGGAGGAAUCCCGGAAGGGUUGGACGUGGAGAAAUCUCAGCCAGCAGCGGUGACUGUUGUGAAGGUUGAACCAGCUGCGCCGGUUUCGGAAAGCUCGAAUAUACCACCGGAAACGACGAUCGUUCCGACGGAAGUUCAACCUGCAGCCGAUCAACCUGUCCCUAUGACUUCAACCACCCAAUUCUACGUUAUUCAACCGGACAACACUACCAAGUUGGUCGAUAUCAACCAGUUGCAGUUCCCCGCGCAGCAAUCAGUGACCAGCCUGACGGAUUCAUUUGGAGCGUCACAACCGUCAAGCACUUUAAUUCCCAUCACCGGAACCGGUAUUCCGGAACAAACCUAUUUCAUCAAUGUUCCGAGUUGUUAUCUCGAGUCGAAUAAUCAGCUUCCGGUAUAUUUCAACGCUUACCCGUCUUCGGCGCUAGAGCCAUCCGUAAGCAAUCCGACCGUCUCCUAUGUGGCCGAACCUAGUCCCGAUAAGUUCCUUAUAUUUCCAUCCUCUUCCUCGGAGACCUCAAUCAUCAGUACUACGGCGAACGCUUUCGUUACCACGUCAGCCGUUAGCAGCUCGUAUACAUCAACCGCGACAACUACCGCCAUCAACCGAAUCUGUUCGUCGUUUGUUCCUGUGAUUCCCAAACCGGAAGUCGUCCCCCCAACUACCGAAACCGCUGUCGAGAUGAUUCCCAAAGUGGAAGUCCGCGCCACUCCUCAGCACAAUUUCAUCCUGAACACCAAAGUCCGCAGCAACUCCACUCCCAGUCGCAAAGCAUCUCACAUCCGGAUUCUGAAUUUCCACACACCUGCCAAACAAUCGCCCUUGGCAACUGGAACUUCCGCCCGGGUGUCAACUCCCGGUUCUGCCCCUCCGUCAGUCGAUGCGCGACCCAGUCGUAUCCCAGCUCUGGCGGUGGAGCGCCUCAAUCCCAUCCUCGAGACCAGCAUCAAACAGGAACCAUCCAAAACCCCCGAAAAGCUGAUCGAAGACAUCAAGCCCGCUUCCGGUCCUGCUCUGAAUCCGAACUCCGUCUCAAACACGCCUCGCGUAGCCAAAGAUCCUCGAACGUGCGUCCGUGUUUUGUCUCGAUCGACCAGCGAGGAAGCCACGGCCACGACCCUCGAGGAAGCCCCCAAACCCAUGGUCGAAAUUCCCUCCCAAGCCGUGGAGGAAGUGCAGCGGAAGAUUCCCCCGCCUCGGAUACUGAUCAACGACUCGGAAAUGGAAGAAUGGCGCCGGAUCCGGUCGGUGUCCAAGUCCAACUUCGAUCAGCAUCUGCGACUGAUGGAGGAACAACGGCUGCAGAAAACCACUAAGACACCGGCUUCGAAGCGGCGCAAGAAACCGACUGUCAAAAAAGCGGUCAAGCGGAAGGUCACUCCAGUUUCCCCGGAUGAACCGAUCACGACGCCGGCCAAGGAGGACGAAUCGCUGGAGUCGAUGGAUAGAACCGAUAAUAGUAUUACCGAAAUCCACGCGCAGAUGCUGGAGGACGCACUGGCCUCGACGAAGAAACCGGAAACGGAAAAGUCUCCCACCAAAACGCCGACCAAGGGGAAAACUCCGGCUAAAGAAGUCGACGAGGAUGACAAAAAACAGGGAAGCAAGAUCUACGUCAAAAUCACUCCUAGAAAGAAAACUCCGGCCAAGGUGAGUCCGAAACGGAGGUUGUCCAAGGGGGAGAAAUCGGCGAAAAAACGGAGGACGAGUAGUCCACGGAAGAGGCAAGUGGUUGAGAAGGAGGAAGUGAAGGAAACGGAAGUGGUAGCCGUGGUGGAGGAUAAGGUGGUGGUGGUUGAAGUGGUUGAGAAGACUACGGUGGUGGAAGUGAAACAGAUCAAGGAACCGGAAUCGAUCGAAGAGGUUGCACCAGUGCCGGAACCAAUACCCGAGCCAAAAUCAGAAGCACAACCGGAACCAGAACCGGAAACACCGGUUAAAGUAGAUGAAAGUUCCUUAUCUCAAGUGGAGGAGACACCCCCGGAACCGGUGCCAAAACCUGUGAAAGAUCAUCCAAAACUUCUGGCAAAGAAAUCCAGCGCAGAAUAUGUCCGUAAGGAGCAAGAGCAAUCGGCUUCUGCAGCCAACACCACCUCCGACAGUCUGGAAACUCCACCGGAAAAGGCUCCCUCUGUCACGGCAGUUGAUUGCUCCUUUGGGACCUCGUUGUUCCUCGAAACCCCAUUCAAAGCGGAUUUGGCGAGCAUUCCAAUAACACCUCGCUUCCUGAUGCCGAAUCAGAUUGAAAACACGCCUUUGGUAAAGAUUGUCCGCGAAGGUAUGGAAGCGAAUUCCUCGAUCAAGAAAUCGGGCGACAUUCACACGCCCAAUUUUCCAAUCACUCCGGGUUUGAUCAGUACUCCCAAAUCCAUCAAUUCGGUUAGUCCGCAUAGCGUUGGCGGAACCGGUGGCUUCAGCUCUCGGCGAACGGAUUACUCAUCCGGAAGUUCCUACUACAAGCCGGAUGAGUCCGAAGAUCUGGAUAAAAAUAUUGAGGCCAUGUUGCAUGGCGAACGGAGAAAGCAGCAACCAGAGGUCGGAGAAGUGUCACUGGAAAAGCAGAUGGAAGAAGAGCCGCCACCUCAACCGGAAGUGGCUCCAAAUCCCGAAAGCAGCCCUCAAAAAGACGAAGAUCAUGAAGCGAAUGUGAGUGUCUCGUCCUCAGAUUCUUCCAGCAGUUCUGGAUCGUCGUCGGAAUCCAGCUCCAGUGAUGCAAGCUCCCCGGAGAAUACCCCGGUUAAAGAACAACCCGUGUUCUCCAUGCCUAGUCCCGUGAAAACAUCUACUCUGUACCUUAAUGCCGCGGAAGCUCGUAGGCAGCAACAGGCCGAGCUGGAAGCCAAAAAGCAGCGCACCAUUGCCCGUAUGAAGAACGCAAAACCCGCUCCACUGAAGAAGACCGAACGAAAAUUCGUCGCUCCUCCUGGGUUCAAGUCAAGGAAGGUGAUCGUCGCUCGGAAGGAACCUGUUCCGAAAGUAGCACCACCUCCUGUUCCGCCGAUGCGUCUAGCCCCGUCCGCUUCCUCCAAGCGAAAAAAUCCCACCCCGCGUAAAGUGGUCCUUCUGGAGAAGAUCCUUCCUGUGAUACCUAAAAAGCACUCUCCCAAACGGAAACCGGAAGUUAUUCGGAAAUCGCCCCGUUCCUUGAUUCCCAUUACCGAGCAAGAUGUCCAGAGGAUACUGACCCCUCGGAAGGACCAGAUAAUCGAAGGAACGUACGAAAGUGAGAACCUAUCGCGUCUACGGUGCACACCGGACAUUCCGGAUUUGGAUCCGGACCGGAAACCGGUGUACGCCUUUCAGAGUCCGGAGCGGGUCGUCAUCGCGGAGUCAGACAAAUCGAAGGGAACACCCGACUCGAACAAGGAGAAUCUUUCUUUGGAAGAGGCGAAGGCACCGGAUCCGCCGCAGCAGGUUCCUAAACCGGAAGUGAUGAGUGAAAGUGAGGAUGAUGAAGACUUCGCUUAUAAUGAGUGUUCGAUGGGAUCGUGUUAUGAUGACAGCGAGUGCAAAUCGUUUGUGCGGUUAGAAUACAACGAUAAGAAGGGACAGACUUCCGGGAGACGUUCCGUGGAAGUGCUACCCAUGAAGAAGUUCAACAUUGUGAUGGAGGAUCGAAGAAUCUGUCUGGAAACGCAAGAUCCAAUCUUACUGUUCGAAGAAUCGCCAAAGAAACUUUCAAGUCCAGCCGCAAGUCCUCUGAAAAAGGACUCAUUUUCCAAGACCAGCCGAUCCGGUAGUGCUAAGAAGUCGACCAAAUCAUCAUCGAAGCCGUUGGAACCACCGGCUCCGGUAACAUCCGUUCCGUCGACGCCUUCGAUAAAAGCAAAAAUCAAAGUGGUAUCGGGAUUCGUACGAGAUUCUUCACGGCCACGAAGCAAUAUACGAGCGGCGGCUCGGCUUCAGGCAGCCAAACAGUUCCGACAGCAACAGCAGCAACGGGAAGCGCUGGCUGCUGCGGCAGUAAGGAAGCAAAAGCCGGACGUCGUUCCUUCUGUGUUGGUGGGCAAGUCCAAGACAAAGCCAGUUCCGGCAGCUUCGUCGGUGGAGGAGAGCAGUGCUGCAGCUAGUAAAGAACUACCAGUAUCCCCUUCGCCGAAGAUGCCCCUGAAGCUGGACAUGAAAAAGAAGCAACAGCAACAGUAUCAAGAGGAACAGCAGAGACGUCGUGCAUCUUCGACGGAAGAACCGCAGUCUGGCAACACUGAAUCGGUCGUUGCCGUCGCAGAUGUGCCCAAAACCGAAAACGAAGUCAAAGAAACCGCACCAACAGAUGGCGGUGCCGGUGCAAAGGAGGUCGAAGGCGAGUUUGCAAUCGACGUCAUUCUGACGCAUAUUCACGGUUAGAGUGUAUAGAGAGAGGGACGUUUUGAUGGGGUGGUAUUGUGUUUCAGUACAAAUUACGAGUUUUGUGGUUGAUUAAGUUGACAGUGUUGUUUUACCUAAUACAAUAGUGUACUUCGAUAAGGAAUAGUCUUCGCGCGAGCUGAAGCUGUACAUGUUCUGUUUGUAUAGACGAUGCGUUCUAUAUUUGACUAAUCGAAAGAUGUUAGUUCUAUAACGCCGAGAAGAUCAAAAACGCUUAUAAUUAAAUAUAACUAUGUAUUUCUCUAUUUUUCAAGUUAAACUAGUUUUAUAUACUCAAUAAACUGUAAGUAAAGUGGUACAGUAA